AUGUUUCAGAAGUUUGAAACUUACCAUAUUCUGGGGCGAUAUUUCCUCGAAGCCGACACGAUAACCCUAAGGGCAUGUUUACGUAUCAGUAAUGGGUAUGGAAAGGAAUCAGAGAAUUCAGGAAUCGGAGAACUACUGAAUCGGUAUGGGAAGAAUCAUUCCCAUUACGCUGUUUACUAA